AUUAUGUACACAGGCACAAUUUCAGUCAUCUAUGGUCCAAUGGUAAAUCUAAUAUAAUAUUUCAGUUUUCUGGUAAAACAAGUGAACUAAUGAGAUUGGUCAAGAGAUUUACAAUUUCUGAAAGGAAGUGUGUAGUGUUAAAUUAUGCAAACGAUAACAGAUACUCAGGGGAAUAAUGUAUUUCAAGUCAUGACAAGUAUGCUGUUUAUUUUAUAACUAAGACAAUUUUUGAAAGCCAUAAAAGUAUGCAAAUUGAAUGAAGCCUACGAGAAGUGCAAGGAAAGCGAUGUGGUAGCAAUCGAUGAGGGUUAAUUCUUUACAGAUGUAAAAUGUUCUAACAAAAUGUGUAGAUUGUUGAAUUUAGUGAGAAGAUGGCAAAUUUAGGGAAGAUUGUAAUUGUGGCAGCAUUGGAUGGAACCUUUGACAGAAAACCUUUUCAUAACAUCUUAAACCUAAUUCCUUUGGCUGAGCGCAUAACCAAACUCACAGCAGUCUGUUGGUUUUGCAAGAGAGAAAAUGCAUCAUUCACUAAAAGAAUAGUAUAAUCACAAGAGAGUAUUUAAAUGAAUUUAAUUUUAGUUGAAUUGAUUGGUGGUGAGGAUUGUUACAAACCAGCAUGUAGAUUAUGUUUCCAUCUGGCUGAGAGUCAAUCGAAAAGCCAAACCAUAGCAUAAUCGUUAAUUGUUAAUUAGGAGAAUCAUUACGACCAAAAUAAUUUGAUUUGCUGAGCAAACACU